AUGGCCUAUGGCCUUGGUAUCCCCAAGCUUAGGCUUAACAGUCCGUACUGGCAAAACUUCAUUGGUGGCAUUCUCAUCGGCCUGACUGGAGGGUUGUAUGCUGCCCUCAACCUCCUCGGCGCGGGAGGCGGCAAACCAAACUCGUUCCAAGUCGUCCAGACUGCCAAUGCCACUCUCUGCGCCGUCUAUGCUGUCUCAGCCUGGUUUGGAGGGACUGUGUUGAACACCAUCGGCCCUGCCUUGACCGCUUUCUUUGGUGUCAUCGGAUACAUCCUCUACGUCGGAAGUUUGUGGUACUUUGACCAGCAUGGCAAAGAGACCUUCCCAAUUAUCGCAGCCGUCUGCUUGCUCCAGAUCUCUGCCGGCCUCAUCUACGUGACCUCCGGAUAUCUGUCCAUUUCUUAUUCCGAGGAGAACGAACGCGGAAAGUUCGUAGCAACAUCUAUCAACCUGCAGGCUACUGGCGCUGCCAUUGGUGGAUUGAUCCCUCUGAUCAUCAAUCACGACAAGGCUACCAGCGCUGGCGUACCCCCCGCGGUCUACAUCGUGUUCAUUGUCAUGGACUUUGUCGGUUGCGCGUUGGCAUUUCUGCUGCGACCUCCGGAGAAGGUGGUGAGAGACGACGGAACCAAUAUCGCCGUGGUCAAAGCCCGUCCGUUCUGGGACGAGUUCAAGGCCAACUUGGAAGCGUUCAAAGAUUGGAGAAUGUUCGUCAUGAUUCCUGCUUUUGCCGUCAGCGAAUGCUUCCUCGUCUACAAUGGUAGUGCCAACGCAUUCCGCAACAGUCUCCGAGCCCGGAGUCUGUUGGGAUUUUGCUCUGUGACGCUGCAAAUCAUCUGCGGCUGGGCCUUGACAUUGCUUCUUGACAACGAAAAACUGCGCCGCCGUACCAGAGCCCAGAUAGGUCUCGCCAUUACUGGUAUCCCGGUGAUUGGCGCCUACAUCUGGGAGAUGGUGCGGACGCGCAACUACGACAGGAACAACCCGCCCUCGCCUCCUUUGGACUGGAACGACCCCGACUUCGGAGCCAUCUUCGUGUUGUUCAUGUUGAACUGGGUCGCGUGUUCGCUGUUCCAGUACAUGAUUCUUUACUUCCUGGGUUGUUUCACGAACAAUCCUCGAGUCGCUGCUAACAACGCUGGCGUCUUCCGAGGAUUCAUGGCCGCGGGAGAAGCCAUUGACUUUGGCGUCGACAGCAUGGGCGUGCCGUUUCUGAAGGAAUCUGGGGCCCUCUUCGCCUUCUACACUGCCGGGGUCAUCGCCAUGGGCUACCUGGCGCUCUUCCACAUCGACGAGACAAAGUACUUUACCGAAGAGGAGGUGACGAUCCCCAAGCACGUUCAAGAAGAGCACGACCACACCAUUGUCAUCGACGGAGUGGUGCCCAAGAGCACUUCGGAGACGGACGAAGAGGUCGCCAAGACAACGACGGGCAAGGAAGCCACUGGCGUAGCCGAGGAGAUUAAGGCCUGA